AUGGCAAAGCUUGUGGGCAGAGAUUUCAGCCGCGUUCUGACCACUAUGAGGGGAACGAGAGGGUACUUAGCCCCAGAGUGGCUCUCGGGUCUUCCCAUCUCUCCCAAGGUUGACGUCUACAGUUUUGGUAUGACACUCUUGGAAAUCAUUUCGGGUAGAAGAAAUCUGGACACGAGCGUGCAAGAUCCAAACAAGCAUUACUUUCCCUCGUGGGCCGCAGCGCAGAUUUACGAGGGGAACACAGUGAAUAUUGUGGAGGGUGCUGCAGUUGCAGAGGAGGCAGAUGUAGAAGAGGUGAGAAGAGCUAUUCUUGUAGGUUUGCUGUGCAUUGAAAAGGAUGAGAAUGUGAGGCCAAGCAUGGGACAAGUGGUGCGGAUGCUGGAAGGGAAGAUGGACCCUCCAACUUCGCAGACUCCGAGGGAUAGCGAUAGCGACGAGGAUGUUAUUACUUGCAAUAAUGUAAGUGGGGAUGCAGUUUGA